AUGGCUGACAGAAUCAUUGCAGAAACGGAGAGGAGGGGUGUGGCCGUGGAGUUGCUGAAUCUCUACAAGACAACACUUCUCUCACACACGGAGGAGGCUCACGAUGGUUAUUUUUAUAAAUCAAUGUUACUGCAUGUAAAAUGUACCCUUAACAGUAUGCAGCCGUUCUAAUUCUAUUGAUUCUAAUCUAGCCUUUUUAUUAUACACCCUCCAAUUUAAGGUCUGAAGUUCACUGCAGCCAUUUUGCUCCUCCACUACCUCUUCAAAGAAGAUCCAAGUGGGCUGUACGUCACAGACAUGGUAUGUAUUUCCCAGCAGACAAAUAAAUAAAUGCAAAGUUAGUAGUACUGUGUAAGGUGUGCUGUGCUCAGUUGUUAACUUACUGUUUGAAAUAGUCUCCUGAGUGGCGCAGUGGUCUAAGGCACUGCAUCGCAGUGCUAGCUGUGCCACUAGAGAUCCUGGUUCGAAUCCAGGCUCUGUCGCAGCCGGCCGCGACCGGGAGACUCAUGGGCGGCGCACAAUUGGCCUAGCGUUGUCCAGGGUAGGGGAGGGAAUGGCCGGCAGGGAUGUAGCUCAGUUGAUAGAGCAUGGCGUUUGCAACGCCAGGGUUGUGGGUUCGAUUCCCACGGGGGACCAGUUUGAAAAAAAUAUAUAUAUAUAUACAAAAACAUUUAUAAAUAUAUAUAUGUAUUCACUAACUGUAAGUCGCUCUGGAUAAGAGCGUCUGCUAAAUGACUAAAAUGUAAAUGUAAAUGUAGUAACCUUAAUUUUACAUUUGUUUUACUUCUUACAAUGUGUAAACUUCCCAUCACUUACCAUAAGAAUAGAGGGGAAUCCCUUUGCGGAUGAGAGCGACAUCCAACUCUUCCUGGAUGGAGAGAAGCUACUCACUGAAGAGCCGGAGGACAUCUCCAUGGGAUUGGGAGUGGCAAUGGGGGUCACUUCCUUUUUAAUAUUGAGUAUGCAGCAUCAGUGA